UGGUCGAAGCUAACCGAAGCCGACGCCGAGGCCGAAGCCAAAGCCAAAGCCGAAGCUUCGGUUGGUCCUUACUUAUGGUAGACACAUUCAUGCAGGUUUAUGGUAUUUGGAAGACUUGAAAAACGAGUAAGCAAUUGUUUAGACAAGAGUAGAAAUCUCUACCACUCAUCCUAACCGCAUAAUAUAUUCGAAUAAACGAAAAGUGAUGCCUGCUUCAUCGAGUAACCAGUGCAGUCGGAGGACUCUUCUUCUCUUUAUGAUAAUCAUCGUAGACUUCAACAAUGCUGAAUAUAACAAAUUGAAAAUGGUCAACGUUAUCUUCAGACAUGGUGAAAGGUUGCCGACUGCAAAUGAAUACUACAUAGCGUUUCCGAAUACUUCUCACAUCAACGUGACAUAUUCCCAGGAAGGCCUGGGCAGUCUGACUAACACUGGAAAGCUGAACAUGUACAAUCUCGGUGUCUUCUUACGUCAAAGGUACAACAACUUUUUAGGCGAUUAUUACAAUAUUAACAUGACAAGGAUUCGAUCCACGGAGUCUUACAGAACCUUUUUGUCUGCUCAACUGGUGAAUGCUGGUCUAUGGCCACCGGCCGUAAUCCAACAGUGGAAAAAGGAUCUCCUUUGGAUUCCAGUUCCCUACGAAUACGUAAAGGUUGAUGAAGACGCUCUGAUGUUACCGUACCUCUGUCGCCGGUACAAGGAUGAGUACAAGAAGGUAUUGCAAAGUGAAGAGGUCCGAAAACUCGUGGAACCUCAUCUAGAGUUCUUUGCGUAUCUCAGCCGGUACAGUGGAGUCAACGUUACGACGCCGCAGCAAGUUUUUUUUCUUUAUCACAUGCUAAAAGCUCAGACAAGUUUGAACUUAACGCUUCCUUCAUGGAGUACAAGCUACUUCCCGGACGGUCAAAUGCGCGAUGUAGUUAUUCUAGCGUACGAUAUCAUGAACUGGGGAGAUCGUAUAAAGAAGAUAUACGGUGGACCUCUUCUUCGCGAAAUUUUGCAGAGCUGUAAAUCUUCCAUGAAGGGGGCAUCGAUUCCAAAAAUGAAGUUGUACAGCGGCCAUGAGAGCAAUAUCGUUAGCAUCCUUAACACUCUCGGCCUCUGGAAUCGUCAGAUCCCUGACUACAGCUCCGCUGUAAUAUUCGAACUCUACUUGAACAAUUCAUCCAACGAAUUUGGCAUUCAAAUUCUCUACUACCGUGGCACAAGUGAUGAAAUUGUUCCACUCACUCUAACAGGGUGCACGCAAAUUUGUCCAAUCAACAAUUUCACCAGUUUAUUAUCCAACGUGAUGCCGGGUGAUCUUGAGGAAGUUUGUCAAAUGAACUUGCAGACUGAAGACAGUAAAAACUUAUCCGAAUCACUGCACACCACUUCUUCAAUCGCUUUGCUGAUAAUAUGCAUUCUACUCAAGCCGAUCUGAAGUAGAUGCCAAUUGAAACACUUCUUGUGAUAGAGAACACGAAGAACUGAUGAUUCUUCUUGAAAUAACUAACUGAAAUAUACUUAUCGAGCAAAAAUCCCUCCGAUAAUGACAAGUCAAGAUAAUAAAUUCCGCAAAAGGACUGACUUUCAGAAAA